AUGAAAAGAACUUUAUCGACAGCUGCACGUCAACGCUUCAUAUUUUCGUCGAGUCCGAAUAAUUAUCGUCAAAGCAAUCUUCGAGUUUCAUCUAAUCCUCACAAUUAUGCUAAACUCUCCCUCGGCAGCAGAGUUCAAUCUGCUGAUUUUCACAUCAAUUUUCCAUCAUUUCCCUCUAUAAAUAUAGACUUGCUCAAACUUCACUUUCGACAUACUGCACCAAUAAGUGCUGUGAAACGCAUUAAACGAGAAGAAACUUACGGAAAUCUCGUAUUGUUGACAAAUCAAAAUCCGAGAAGUACUAUCGCAAAAAUCUCCCGUGAAAAUGCCAUUAAAACAACCGAAAAACAAGUUUUAGAAAUUGUCAACGAUUGCCGUAUGAAAAAAGUAAAAUAUACCGACGACAAAUUCGAUCUUGCUGCGGAUCCAUCACAUGCGUUAUACAAAAGCGGAGACAAGACAAGUGACGGCGAAAAAUUGGAAUAUGCUUCAAUAAAACGUGUUCAAGAGUUCCUGCCAGAUUCUCAAUUUUUUAUUAAUGGCGAUGAGCAUGGCUCGAUUGGAGAUUGUUGGUUUUUAGCCGCUAUGUCUGCGGCAGCUGAUGUGCCCAGUUUAAUUGAAUCGACCUGUGUAGCUCGUGAUGAAAAAAUUGGGGUUUAUGGAUUUGUUUUCUAUAAAGAUGGAAGAUGGAUUUCAUCUAUUAUAGAUGACCAAGUUUUUCUAAAUAAACGUGGAGAACUACUAUUUUCUAAAUGCAAAGAUAAAAAUGAAACAUGGGUUCCAUUAUUGGAGAAAGCUUACGCAAAAGCCAAUGGUGAUUAUGAAAGUAUUAAUGGUGGAUGGCCGGGAGAAGCUCUCGAGGACUUGAGUGGAGGUAUUUCUACCACAUAUUGGAGUGAUCUUAUCGAAAACAAGGAUAAGUUAUGGCGUGAAUUGCGUAGGCCAAACACUGAUGUGGCAUUCGGAUGCGCGCAUUUCCCUCAGAAAACCGAUAAAACCCUUGGACUCGUCGGUGGACAUGCCUAUAGUAUACUUCGCGCGGUUGAACUUGACAAGUUUAGAUUACUUGAAAUCAGGAAUCCGUGGGGUCAGUUUGAGUGGAAAGGUCGUUGGAAAGAUCAUGGCGCAGAAUGGACCCCCGAAUAUCUCAAAAUUCUAAAUUAUUCUUUUGAAAACGACGGUUCAUUCUUUAUGGAAUAUGAUGAUUUCCUCAAGUACUAUCAAGCAGUCGAUAAAUGUGAAUUCUAUCGCGAUCAGUGGCGCGUCCAUUCUCACUGGAUAAAAUGGACGGAUAGGGCGGAAAAGAAUCCAAAGUUCACCGUUGAACUUAAAGAUCUCGAGAAUGAAUUGAAGAUUGUACUUCAACAACCAGAUCCGCGUUAUUCUGGGAAAAAUUACAAUAAGAUUGGUUUUAAUCUGAAAUUCAAGUUAAUCGACACAAAGUCAAAAAUGGCCAUCUCCAGUCCCCAAGAAUAUUAUUGGAAACGCGCGACUAAUCUCAGCAUUACGCUUCCUGCAGGAACUUAUCAAAUUAUCCCUGAGCCCACAAAAGUACGAAAUGCGGAAUGGAAUAAAGAACCGACCAACGAUGAUUUUGAUACUUUGCUUGGGUUAAGGAUUUAUACGGGAAGUAAUAUUAACUUGGGAGUAAACUAA